UUAAAUCUUACCUAUUCCAGUAGUCUAUCUAAACACAUACCUGAGAGCGCGUGGCACCAUGCGCGUGCCAUUACUGAGCCGCGGUUUUUUAAACUGAGUGGCAGUUCGGUAAUAUCGGCUGAUUUAAUCAUUGAAACAUGAUUAAACUGAGCCUACCAUGGGCCGAAACCGCCCCAUCUGGACCUACUCACGGUCUGCAGAUCCGGCGAGGCCCGCGGAGAACGAGGCCGACCCCAGCGGGUCGGAACCAGUCGGACUCUUCAUCUCAGCAGCCUCGCAGGAAGACGACCGGCCCGACCCUGCUGAUCCAGAGGCAGGAGAUGGCCGCCUUCUUCAGACUGUUCGAUGAUGAUCUAAUACAGGACUUUCUGUGGAUGGACUGCUGCUGCAAACUUUCGGACAAGUAUUUGUUGGCUAUGACAUUUGUGUACUUCAGGAGGGCUCGUUUCAGUAUCACUGAACACAACAGAAUGAACUUCUUCCUUGCCCUCUAUCUGGCAAACACAAUGGAAGAGGAUGAGGAAGAGACCAAAUAUGAGAUCUUCCCAUGGGCUCUGGGAAAAAGCUGGAGGAAAAAUUUCCCACGAUUCCUAAAGCAAAGAGACCACCUGUGGGCACGCAUAGAGUACCGAGCUGCUGUCAGCAGACGAUGCUGCGAGGAGGUGAUGGCUAUUGUGCCAUCUCAUUUCAUCUGGCAGCGUGAGCGUGCAGAGCAUCACAGUGGUGCUCAGAGGUUGUACCAAAACUGUGAGGGGAUCCACAUUCCCCGCGGGCCUUCUGCUUCUCCAGAGCCUUGUUCUCUCUGUGCCAAGACCUCUGCUGUUCCUGUGCCUCGCCCAUCCUCUACUGUGGCUUGUUCUUCGUCUGUACCCCCGAAGACCAAAGCUUCACAAAGGCCCAGUAAGAUGGCCAAAGCUCAGUACACCUUUAACUGCACAACUACAGCAGGAAGUGAUGGGGUCAGCGAAAUGUGUCAAGAUCAUUCGAUGGACUGGAUCAAUGAGGAGUAGCUCGAUUGCAUAACAUUAAACCGAUCAUAUUUGCCUCUUGUCUAUAUUAGAGGCACUUCAGCUGUCUAAGGGGCAGAACAGAAUUUCAGUCUCUAAACUGACCUUAAAAGAAAUGUACAGCAUUGGUGUGAAAAGAGUAAUGGUCAUGUACAUUGUUCAUAUAAGAUCUAAAGAAUAUGUCAAAAAAUCCUCUCACUAUGUGAAGGUUUGUACAUGUAUUUUACUGUAUCAUAAUCCUCAUGACU